AAUCACUUUUGCAAUGAAGUUGUUCAAGUGUUUACUUUUUGCACUUUGGGGUGUCCAACUGUGCAGUCCCAAUCCAACCUAUUUUCAUGGCUCGGAUGAGGCAAACCUGGAUCAACUUUUCGGAUUUAUUGGUAAUGUCGUCCACGAAAGCAUAAAACUUCACAGAGGUCAUCAACAGCAAAGUGAUAUUGGGAAUUAUGGCGGCGAGCCUUAUGUUGGAGGUCAAUAUGGAGGAGGUCAAGAAAAUGGCAGAGCCAGUGUUGGGGUUUCCAAAUAUGAAAUCCUAGACUUGAAUAUCAAGCCAAAAAUUAAACAAUAAUAAUAUAAUAAUAAAAUAUACGAACUUUGUUUAACUGUGAAAUUGGUUGAAUUGUAAAGUUAUAUAUAUAUAAACCCAUAUACAAACCGACAACGAGAAUACCUAUUUUUAAAGA